CGUGCGUUCGAAGCAUCUGGUAAAUGAUCAGUGCGACACAUCCGAAUUAAGAUCUGAAUUCCCAUACACCUGAGCUCCCGGAGUGAAAAAAAAAAAACAUUAGGAGAAUGUUACUCUUAUUAUUUUUUUUCCAAAAUUGAUACAAUGUAGGAUGAGUAGGGGGAAAACAAAGAAGCGCAUGUUGAACCGGGAUGUGGAUUUUAGGCGUGACAGUGUUCUUGCAAUAAUUUGCUCAAUGUAAUGCAUCUCAGUUACAGCGGUCGAUUACAUUUCGGUCAAGGUGCAUAUAAACAUGAACUCCGGUAUGAAAGAAACAGAACAAAGGACGAGACUGCAGGACUUCCUUUCCGAGCUUGCAAUACUGGGCUCUUUACAGGGCUUCUAUUAUUUUCAGCCCUGGCUAAGAGGGAGAGAAGAACUUCUGCUGACUGUGGUCAAUGAAGACAUGAGAUGGCGAUCUCCUGGGUAUGCUGUGUCUGUGGCCUCCACCUUCACCAGCUCAACCUGCAGUAGCAGCUACAGUCUAGACAGCGAUUAUGCCAGCUCCCCUUUGGCAGGAGAAGGGCCACUUCCACAAGCCAAACAGCAGACACCACAGGCCACACAGCAACAAACUCCCAGCAGGAGUGUUGAAUCUCACCUUCUCCCAGCCUCGCCUAGUGAGAGAGAGAUAGCUAUUCCUGAACUGAACUGCACCCUGUUCCUUUUAGCUGGUUAUGCCAAGUAUGGGCAACCAUAUGCUUGGAUUCGAUCCAAUCACGAGCGGCUUGUAAACAUUGGAGGAGCUGAUAGUCUGGUCAAAGAUACCCCAAUGAAGCUUAAGUCCAUCACAGACUGGGUUUCAACAUCACAAGGAACUCAUGUAUGGGAUGUAGUGAGUGAGUUGGUGGGACUUUGCACCAUGCCACCUCCUGACAACCCCUUCUCUCUAGACAUGCGCUACCUCCAAACCCUCUCCCUCCCGGAGCGCUUCCUGGUCACCGGGGCCCUCCUGAAUUUCCUGGAGAUGAUUGUGGUUCAGGGAAACCGAGAGGAAUCAUUCUAUGAUCUGGUUUUAGAGGAGUUGAAGCCAUUGAGACGACUUCAUUUUCAAAGCCUCUCUGAGGUCCAGAGAUUUCAAGACAGUGACAGAACUACAAGCCCCUUAUCAGAAGAAGCUCCAGAACAAAGAAGUUUACAGUGACAAGUCCCAUGACAUCCAACUAAAAGUUGAAGUGUGUCAUUUCUGUGCCACUAGCAUCACCAAACAGGAUUGCAAAAAUAAACUUUAUUUUCAAACAGC